AUGGCAGACCCUUUCAUUCUGUCCUUCCAAAUGGUGUUCUGCCUCAAAUCUGAGGUGUCGAUCGGAGAUCCUCCGGCGAUUCCUAGCAAUAUGAGUGUCACUCCACAACCCCCACCGACCGUGAAAUGGGAUAUGAGAGGGAAUGUAGAGGCAAAGGACACAGUCAUGUCUUCACCAGAACCACCCAGUAUCACUCGACAGAGUGGCUUAUAUGAGACCGAACACCGCACAAUCCCGGAGUUGUCUUGCAAAGAGUGUCGUCGCAGGAAAUCAAAGUGUGACCGUCAAACUCCAAAGUGCACAUUGUGCGUGAGAAAGAAUCGUACUUGUGAAUACGGAGCUAAGAGUCGGCCUCUGACCCGUCGCUAUGUGACAGAGUUGGAGAGUGCACUCCUCAGCCUUCAGCAAAGUUUGCCAACACAAGGUGAUUCCAACAUUUAUUUAGACCUCAACAACUCUAAUUUGGGCGAGGCGACCGGCCAGCGCAAUCGCUCUGUCGAUAUUUCCCACUCCCCUCUUCACUCAGGGGCGACAACCGACCAACAACCCCAUUCUCGCUGUCAGAUUGCUGGCCCUGUUGGCAUGACACAAACUCCACGGGCGUCCGAAAUUAGAGGAAGGGUUAGAAAGAGAUCGAUCAGUCAAGUCAACAUGCCUCUUGAAUCCUCCCCUCUGUCCGGCAACUGGGAAUGGGAUGAACGAGCUGGCCGGGCGAAUGGAAACGAAUUUGUUGAUGGCAUGGCCAGUUUGACAAGCGAUCCAAAUGGAGGUGGUUAUCUUGGGGUUGCGUCUGGCGCUGCAUUGCUGCGAGUCACUGACCCGAAUCCAAACGGACCGAAAGAUCAAAUUGUAUCAGCCCAGAAUAUCGAGCCGUCAAAUAUCCCAGCCUCGAGCAUUCCAUAUUCAUCGGAAUCUCUUGGUGAGCUGGAACCUUUCGUCAAAAAAUACUUCGACGUAUUUCACAAAUCCUACCCUAUCGUCCACGAGGCCACUUUUCGAGCGCAGUUCAUGCAUGUACUUCCGCGACCAAAAACAAAGGCCUGGGAAGUACUCUUGUUUGUAGUAGCUGCCGUGGGUGCUUUCACUGCGUCAACACAACCUUCGCAGGAAGACGUGGGUCUCUUUGAAGCCGCGAAGGCACGCAUGUCAUUCGACAUGCUAGAGACUGGCAACAUUCAUCUCGUGCAAGCGUUGACUCUCAUCUCGAACUACAUGCAAAAACGGAAUAAGCCAAAUUCGGGCUACCAUUACAUGGGUCUAGCUCGGCGUACUGCGAUGGCUAUCGGUCUGCACAAGGAAAUACAAUCACCGGUAAUGAAUCUUUUCGAAAGGGAAAUGCGGCGUCGAAUCUGGCACUGUCUCUACAUAUUUGACGUCGGUGCUAUCAUUACGUUUUCGAGACCUCUCGACUUUCCUUCCAAUGGCGUUGAUGCAGAACUGCCAAUGGAUGUACAUGAUACGGCCAUUACACAAGGGACAAGGACAACGCCACAGUUUUCCACAGAGACAACGAUCUACACUCAUAUGCGAGCCCAGGUCUCCUUUCACAUGGUAACAAGUGAAAUAUACUCGAGGAUGAUUUCCACGUCUUUCCCGUCAGCAUCAGAGCUGAUAGAGGCGGAUGACCGAUUGAUUUCACAUUGGCUAUCAUCUCUACCUCCUCAUUUCCAAGAAGACGCCACUCAAAACGUGACAUUCAGACUCUGCCAUUCCAUCUUACGAUGGCGAUACCGAAAUUUCCGAACUCUCAUGUAUCGACCAAUUCUCAUUCGACGCGUUAUGUCCCGACGUGGUCAAAUCUCUACCAGUGGCGAAGAAAGUAACCACCACGAGGACAUUUCCAUCGAGAGGUGUCUGCAGGCAGCACGUGAGUCUGUGCAGCUGAUCUCGACUUACUGGUUAAACGAGAGUAAGAAUACGAUGACUUGCUGGUACGGACUGUACUUCCUAUUCCAGGCUGUACUUAUUCCGAUUUACUGCCUCCGAAAUGAUCCGCAGUGUGCAGCGGCCGACGAGUGGCGUGAACAGAUUGGUCAAGCUAUGCGAACGAUCGAGUCGAUGGCUCAGAUCAUCGAAUCAGCCUCUCUGUUCCUGGAGAAAAUUCGUUCCACACAGAUUGCCAAUCUCUACCCAUUGAUGUGGCCAAAUCUGGAUAUCACACACAUGGAUGGCUUUGAUACGUCUCUGUAG